AUGACGGCUCCUACAAGGCACGGCACCAAUGGAACAGCGGAACGGGUAUCUUUUAGCAAAGCAAAGGGAAAGGAGCGGGGCUACAAGGUAAUGGGCUCUCUCUCACUCCUCUUGGCUUGGCUGGAGGUAUCAGUGUGCCCGCCUGAGGGAAGGAGCAAAUAUGGAUGGGUGGUCGGAACCUGGACCAAAGACCUAAAGCAUGAAACCAAACAAGCUAAAGCUUGCCUCAAAGCGGACUCAAAGGAACAACUUCUUCUAUUUGGCUUGCUUUGCAAUCACGAUUUCGACUGUUGGAGCUUAACCAACAGGAGUGAGAACAAGAAGGCUCCCUUCCCGGUCUCCUAA